AUUAACCAUUUGACAGCACUACUUGCGAGCUAAAACUUUAGAUUCUCUUUUAAAUCUGAUGAUUUGAUUGGAUGUUUUACCUCCAACAGGCAGCUAAUCAACUUCUUACUGUGCAUAAUAGAAGCUUCCUUGUGUGUUGAGGCGAGAUAGAGCUAAACUCAGCAGGACACCGGCCCUCAGCAAAGAAUUUGGACAGCCCUGGUUUUUAAAACCUGACAAGUUCUUACAACUUUCAGGAAUUUAAAUAUCAUAAAGAAUUUAAACAAACCUUGUCAGAUCUUGUAAGAUUUUUAUUUACUUUUUUGGCAGGGAUGGAAACAGGUUUCAGUAGCACUGAAGCAUUGCAUUGCACCCUGUAAUUAUGUCCAGUGCCUUUGUAGUCUGCUGCUUUUUAAGCUCUUGUACACAUCUUUCUCAAUGAAGGGUGGAGCCAACUUAAUAUGCCUGCUUAUUCAGACACGUCCCUGUCUCAUCUGAACAUAGCAACACCCAGGUUAAAUUUUCUUUAGAUGCCCAAAAAUAAAUCUACAGCUUUAACGUAAACACGCCUUUUAGGGUCUAAUUCAUUUCUACACAAACAUGUACUACAUAUAGCUGGAUGUUGCAAAGAGACAAAGUCGACUUGUAGGAAUAAACUUUUUUUUUUUUCUUGAAAACAAAAUGAAUGACUACUUUAGGAUAGCUUUUAUUUUAUUUUUUAUAUUAUUAUUAUUUUUUGUGCUACUACAACUACAUGUUUUUCAUGGAUAUAAGCAAUUUUCACAUAAUAUUGAAAUUGAUCGUGUUUCUUUCUCUCUUUGCCUAGAUCAUCAUAGUCGUAAAAAAAAUGUUAAACAUUGACAUUUUGGGUUUGGACUUUGUAGUAAAGUAGAAGUAGCAAUAAAAGUUUUAAAAGUACAUAAAUUAAAUGACAGACACGGCAACUAAAACAAUCGCUGAAAUGUAUCACUUUGUAUCGUUACUUUGACAUCAAAAUGAAUGCUCUACCAACGAACUUUUUUUUUUUUUUUUAAUAUACACCAAUUUAUGAUCAUUUUUGUAAAUUAAACGGCAUCAAUAAAUUCAAACUCGCUCGCUCCCGCUCUCUCCCGGAAAUAGUGCGUCAGCGGGUGUACGCUCGAAAUCAGAAUGCAUUGUGGGUAAAAAGUAGUGAACGAAGGUAGGGAAUUCGGACAGAACUACAAAAAGGUUAACACCCUAAAUAUAGUGCAGUAUCUAUAGUAUACCGGGAGCGAUUUCGGACACAUUUAAAUUUUGAUUCCGAUUGGUCAGCACGGCUAUAACCGCUUCACCUGUGCAUCACUGAGCAACAACCACCUUCAGCAACAUAAACAAUCAAUAAUACAGCAUUAAAAGUGUUCCAAGUAUUACCCCUGCUGGCGUUAUGUUGCAUAUUUCUUAUUUAAUGUUGAGACCACGCCCUUCUCAGUCUAAUAUAAACGCUUCUCUUGCUGAGACGUUCGUGUGAAAGCCCGCGGUUUCCAGCGAGAAGGGAAUAUUACUGUAUCUGUUAGUUUUCUGCUUCAGAUAUGAAAAUAUACAUACAUAUAUACCCAUAUGUCAUUCACAUUGCACUGUAACGACGCUCGCAAUCUCGAAUUAUGCUGCGAAUCAGUCUGUUUUAAAACUUAAAGAGGAAAACAGAUAAACGGAUAUAUGGGUGUGAGAAAAUAUCAUAUGGAGGGGUGAGAACCAGAAGGGCGUAGGUGACAUUUUUGGUGAAAUGGAGAUAUACAUCAAAUGAGAGAGAGCUCUUUUUACUGGUCAAAGUACUUUCAUCCAUAAGUGUACAAAUUUGUAUUAUAAAAAAUUAAAAACAGCACACAAAGUCGCGAUAUAUGGUUUUAAAAUAAAUGACAGAGGAUGAUCAACUGUGUUUAGUUAAGCUCCAGUUUAGAGGAGAGGCAUGUUCAAAACAUUCUCUUGCCGUUUACUGUUGCUGUCAGGAACACUUUUUUUUUGUUUUAGCGGAAGGACUGCAGUUAAUUGUAUGGUAACAGUUUUAUGAAAGCAAUAAGGUACUUGAGGCAGUGUUGUAUCGUGAAUAAAUCAUGGCUGGAGGGGUUGCAGGCACAGGCAUGAUAUUGCUUGCUUGAUGUGACCUACAUACAAAAAUACAGAUACAGAAAUUUGCAUACUUAAAUUUGUUAUUGUCAAUAGACUUAACAUGUUUUUAUUGCCAGGAAGCAUUGAAUGAAAAAGGCAAGUACUGGCAAGUACUGCACAAUACAGGUAACUAGUAAUGCUAGUGUUUAUUUUUAGUUUUCAUAUUCAGUUUUAUAUUCGAUUAUGUUGCUUGUAGUGUUGUUGAACCAGCAUUAGUGGUACAUGAAAACAAUUAUAUAGUGCCCGUACUUGCUUGACAAAUAAUAAAGAGCUCCAACUGAGAGUGUGCUAUUCAUUUAAUGUGCAGGGCUGGCCUUCACCUCAGUAGGGUGUGUCUACUGACAGCUGAUGUGAACUGUUUCAAUGAGGAACUGCUGGCCAGUUACAAGAAAGACUUGUCUGUUGAUUGUUCUGAUUUCAGCCUUGGAUUAUGCCGUACCAUGGAAACAUCAAUCCCUUCGCUUCUGCCGGUUCUGUGUUUCAAGAGUUUGCUGAACUGGCUGGUGGUUGUGGUGCAGCGACGCUACAUAAUCAGGAGCUUCUCCGGAUUCUUCUGCAUUUCCUUGGCUGUCGUUGACACUCUCUUGAGUAUGGUCCUCGCCGCAAUUUUCUGUCUGGAAGACUUCACCAUCUCAGGCUUGCACUUCACCAGGUAUCACGUAUGCCUACUGACUCAGAUUACCUGUUUUAUCUACGCCGUGCUCCACUGGCCAUUGUUCUUCCUUGUAGGAGUAGACAACUUCUGGACGCUAUCGUCAAGCUCUGCACACACAUCCUGGAAACAAAAGGUUACUUACGUUGCCGGAGCGUGUCUCCUUUGGAUUCUAGCAGCUUUGUACGUUUUCUGGGAGCCCGGCUUUGUUCUGCUGUUGGGAGAUGAUGAAAAGCAAAGGUGUAUGCUGUUCAGCAGCCCCCAGAGCCCUCAGGUUCUCCUGGCUUUGUUACUGGCGGUUACCUGCGUCAUUCUUUACUCGUACGCUCCGUUUGAGAAAUGGAGAGUGCAGGUGUUUCUGCAUUCCACCCAACAAAGCUGCUUGGUUUGUUUAAGGCGGGCCAUGCAUACAUUCCUCAGCACGUGGGCCUCGUUUCUGCUCGUGAUGAUCAUCUCGCCGCUGCUGCUGCACGUAGAGAUGCACGCGCACCUGCAGCUCAACGUCGUCUGGUUGUGUUUCGUCAACAGCUUUUUCGUCGCUUUGGCUCUUUGCGGUCGAUCCAUCACGUCCACUCCCAAAAAAAGCGACACCAUUACGGAUGGGUUUUGUUCCUGGUACUUAUGUUUUACAUAUGGGACUGACGACUGGAAUUAUGGACAACAAUGUAGUGACCGCACUCAAACAAAUGUUAAAACACUAAAUAUCUGACCAUGUUUACGUUAGCGUUUUUCUUUGCUUUCUUGUUUGCAUAUUUAAAAAAAAUUAAAAAACAAAAUUUUUGCGCA